AUGUUCUAUUCAAGUCUCACUCUCAGGACUUCAACCCAUCUCUGUGAGGCUAUCUCUGGGCGGUAUCUCCACACUCCACUACCGCCUCACAGUGCCCAACGCCGAUUCAAAAGCACGCGUCCACAGCUCAUCUUCUUCGGCUCAGACUCAUUCUCAUGCGUGGUUCUGAAGGAAAUCAUCGCACGACGAGAACUGUGGGAUGAACUUCACGUGGUUACCCCUCCUAUCGCUCGGAAAGGACGAGGUUUAAAAAAUGUUUAUCGUGGUGCGCAAGUAGACAAAAUCAGCUCGUCAAGUGGCGUUCAGCCAGAAUUCAAACCCUCUCCAGAAUUGGGAUGUACGUCCUUCAAAUUGGCCGAUCAUUCAGAGUGGCAUGUCACUGAAUGUUACGAACGACACCUAAUUAAGCAAUUUCCAGCUUCACAUUGCUUGAAUAUACAUCCAUCUCAUCUUCCGUUGUAUCGUGGUCCAGCUCCAAUUCAGUGGCAAUUGGCGAAUCAAAUCAACCCAGUAGGCGUUACAAUCCAAGACUUGAGCCCGGAUGGGUUUGACUUGGGAGAUAUCCUUGCUCAGCAAUCUGCUCCACUCCCACCAAACACGGCUUACGCUUUAGCGGAAAGCUUCUUAGGGCGUAUAGGAGGAAGUUUGAUGUGUAAAGUUUUACAAAACUUGCCUUUCCUUAUUAAAACUUCCGAAAAACAAGAUUCAAGAAACGCAACAAAAGCUCGUAAAAUCUUACAAACAGAUUUGGCAAUUGGAUCAGACUGGGAUUUGUCAAAAGUAAAGUCUCGGUAUUUGGGUAUGGGUCACCAGGUGAGAGAAUACACUUUCUUGGAAAGUUUGAUAUCCAAGAAACAUUUGGAACAUCAACACAAGAAUACUUAUUGA